AUGACGACUAUUGCUCUGUCGUGCGGCGGCAUCGACGAUAACGGCUUGCUCUUGUCGUCCCCGUCGUCCACGGUGGACAUGGAAGAGAGUAGCACCAGCGAACAUCAAGAGGAGGACAUGGCCGAUUGCCUCAUUCUUUUGGCACAAGGCAAUGUCCCGAGACAAGUAGAAGACGACAAAGGUGGCCAAGAAGUUUGUGACUGUGGCACCGAUGGGAAACGCAAAGGUUGUGUUCAAUCAUAUAAAUGCAAGACAUGUGGCCGGACAUUCACAUCAUUCCAAGCUCUGGGAGGCCACAGGUCCAGCCACAUGAAGAAGCCUAAGUCCAUGGGACAACAGAAGCUAGUGAAAUCAUCUCCCAAGAAAGAUUGUGACAAUGAUCCAGGCCAUGUACUCGGCCAUAGUGGCACAAAGAUGCGUGUUGGUCAUGACAACGUCGACAUGAAGAUGCGCGAGUGCUCGAUAUGCGGAUUGCAGUUCAGGUCAGGCCAAGCUCUUGGAGGUCACAUGAGGCGACACCGAGCGCUCAAUGCGGGUGGCCGUCUUGUCUCAGUUACGAGCCUUGAGGUAACACUACGCACCGAUCAAAAACGACCAGGCAACAUUCUUCCUUUGGAUCUUAACCUUCCGGCACCGGAGCACGAUGUCGAUCACUAUGGUUCCCAGAUUCAUCAUUUCGCUCCAGCCGCAAGCCGACAAACGUCGCCGAUGUUAUCUGCUGCUGCGACUUUAGUCGAGUGCCUUUACUAAAGAAAGAUGGGCUCUAGAUAAGGAUUUAUUGUUUGAUUUUAUGAUGUUUCAGUUGAACUAUAUUAUUUGGCAGGAUAUAAUUUUUGUUCGAGUCUCCAACAGAGGGUUUCAAAU